AUGGCCGACGUAUUUCCAAAGAUGGAGGACCAGAAGCCGGAUUUCGGUGAGAGAAGAUUCGAUGAGCGAGACCGUGGGGACAGACGAAGAGGCGGCGGAGGAGGUGGCCGAAGGUCCAGAAGUCGCAGUCGCGAAAGAAGAGGUGGAUCGUAAGUUUUUCGCAUUUUUAUUUGUUAUUUAGGUUCCAUCUGAGUUCUACUCGCUUUUCUAAGUCGAAUUUCUCUCUAACCAUCAAUAUUUUAUUACUUUUUGAUCGACUCACCUAGUACAAUAUAUUGCAAUAUAAUAAUUUGUCUAAUUCAGCCGUGAACGUCGUCGCUCCAGAAGUCGAGAACGUGGAGGCGACCGAGACUUCAAACGCCAGUAUGGGAUUAAAAAGUACAAGUACUGGGACAUCCCUCCACUUGGCUAUGAGCACAUGCAGCCUCGAGAAUAUAAGGAGCUCCAGGCUUCGGGACAAAUCCCCAGAGCCACUCUGCAGUCCUCGGUGCCCGUGGUGGGACCUUCCGUGACCUGUCAAAGUCGUCGGUUGUACGUGGGGAACAUUCCGUUCGGUUGUAAUGAAGAUGCCAUGUUGGACUUCUUCAACCAGCAAAUGCAUCUUUGUGGGUUGGCUCAAGCUCCCGGGAAUCCCGUUUUGGCCUGUCAGAUAAAUCUGGACAAGAAUUUUGCUUUCAUCGAGUUCCGUUCGAUCGAUGAGACCACCGCCGGAAUGGCCUUCGAUGGCAUCACUUUCAUGGGCCAACAGCUCAAGAUCCGUCGGCCACGCGACUACCAGCCCAUUAGCACCAACCUCGAUGCGAUGGGAAGAAUGCCGGUUUCGAAUAUUGUGGUUGAUUCCCCGCACAAGAUCUUCAUCAGCGGACUUCCCAAUUAUUUGACAGCCGAACAGGUCAAGGAAUUAUUGUCCUCUUUUGGUCAAUUAAAGGCGUUCAACUUGGUCAUUGAUCAAAAUACCGGAUUGUCGAAGGGCUAUGCGUUUUGCGAAUACUUGGAUACAACACUUACUGAUCAGGUAGAAUUUUUAUAUUGAUUUUGUUGGAGUUUAGGUACUUUUGGAAGAAAAAUUUGAGGUUUUGGUCAAAAAUCCGUGAAGAUUUGCUGUUUUUGAUUGGAAAUUGAAGAAAAGAGUGUAUCAACUUUAUGAAAAAUAGAUAAAGUCCUCUGGAGUCGUUUACGCAAUAGUAAAAUCGACUUUUCGAGAAAUUUUUGACAAAAAAAAUUGAUUAUUUUGGAAGACCUCAAAAUUGAAGUAGAUUUUUACUUAAAAUGCAAUAAUAUCAAGGUGAGAUUAAUAAAUAAUGUUUUCAGGCUAUUGCUGGAUUGAAUGGAAUGCAACUUGGGGAGUCCAAGCUUCUUGUUCAACUUGCCUGUGCCAGCAAAAAAGAAAACGGAGCCUUCAACACAAAUGCCGCUGGAAUUGAUCUAACUCAAGCCGGAUCGGCCACUGAAGUCUUGUGCUUGUUGAAUAUGGUAACGGAAGAGGAUCUCAGAGAAGACGAUGAAUACGAAGGUAGGAUAAUAUGAUUUUUUUGUUUGUUUUUUGGUUUUUAGGCAUCAUUUCGUUCAAAAAUGAUGGAUUAAAGAAGAAUUGACGUUAAUUUGUCUGUUUCAGAUAUUCUGGAGGACAUCAAGAGCGAAUGUUCGAAGUAUGGAACAGUGAAUUCAGUGGAAAUCCCCCGACCAGUCCCUGGAGUCGAAGUGCGAGGCGUUGGAAAGGUUUUUGUCCAUUUCUCGGACACUGGGGAAUGUCAGAGAGCCCAAGCCGCCCUAACUGGAAGAAAAUUCGCCAACCGAGUGGUAGUCACUUCGUACUACGAUGUUGAUGCCUACUUGAGAAGAGAGUACUGA